CAGCUUGAGGGUGGCCCUACCAUCAGCAGCCCACCUAGGUAGCUGGGUUUAUGCAGCAGCUGCCCUCUAUUUAUUGGCCCCUCUUCAGUCCCGGAGAAACCCUCCUCCUCCAUUGGACUGCUCCCCUGUUGACCAUUGGUAAUUGAGUACUAUUGAGCCAUGGCUUCCAAGCUGACUCGCCUCCACAGUCUUCGCGAACGACUUGGUGCCACCUUCUCCUCUCAUCCCAAUGAGCUGAUUGCGCUCUUUUCCAGGUAUGUUAACCAGGGCAAGGGAAUGCUUCAGCGCCAUCAACUGCUUGCUGAGUUUGAUGCGCUGUUUGAUAGUGACAAGGAGAAGUAUGCACCCUUUGAAGACAUUCUUCGUGCUGCUCAGGAAGCGAUUGUGCUUCCCCCCUGGGUUGCACUUGCUAUCAGGCCAAGGCCUGGUGUCUGGGACUACAUCCGGGUGAAUGUAAGUGAGUUAGCUGUGGAGGAGCUGAGUGUUUCUGAGUACUUGGCAUUCAAGGAACAGCUGGUGGAUGGACAAAACACCAGCAACUUUGUGCUUGAGCUUGAUUUUGAGCCCUUCAAUGCCUCGUUUCCUCGUCCUUCCAUGUCAAAGUCCAUUGGAAAUGGAGUACAGUUCCUUAACAGACACCUGUCUUCCAAGUUGUUUCAGGACAAGGAGAGCCUGUACCCCCUGCUGAACUUUCUCAAAGCCCACAACUACAAGGGCACGACAAUGAUGUUGAAUGACAGAAUUCAGAGUCUUCGCGGGCUCCAAUCAUCCCUCAGAAAGGCAGAGGAGUACCUACUGAGCAUUCCUCAAGACACACCCUACUCAGAGUUCAACCACAGGUUCCAAGAGCUUGGCUUGGAGAAGGGUUGGGGUGACACUGCAAAGCGUGUACUUGACACACUCCACUUGCUUCUUGACCUUCUUGAGGCCCCUGAUCCUGCCAACUUGGAGAAGUUCCUUGGAACUAUACCGAUGAUGUUUAAUGUUGUUAUCCUGUCUCCACAUGGCUACUUUGCCCAAUCCAAUGUGCUUGGAUACCCUGAUACUGGUGGUCAGGUUGUGUACAUUUUGGACCAAGUCCGUGCUUUGGAAGAUGAGAUGCUUCUCAGGAUCAAGCAGCAAGGCCUUGACAUCACCCCUAAGAUCCUCAUUGUUACCAGGCUGUUGCCUGAUGCUGUUGGUACUACUUGUGGCCAGCGGCUAGAGAAGGUCAUUGGAACUGAGCACACAGACAUUAUUCGUGUUCCAUUCAGAAAUGAGAAUGGUAUUCUCCGCAAGUGGAUCUCUCGUUUUGAUGUCUGGCCAUACCUGGAGACAUACACUGAGGAUGUUGCCAGUGAAAUCAUGAAAGAAAUGCAGGCCAAGCCUGACCUUAUUAUUGGCAACUACAGUGAUGGCAACCUAGUUGCCACUCUGCUUGCGCACAAGCUGGGAGUUACUCAGUGUACCAUUGCCCAUGCCUUGGAGAAAACCAAAUAUCCAAACUCAGACAUAUACUUGGACAAAUUCGACAGUCAGUAUCACUUCUCAUGCCAGUUCACAGCUGACCUUAUUGCUAUGAAUCACACCGAUUUCAUCAUCACCAGUACAUUCCAAGAAAUUGCGGGAAGCAAGGACACUGUUGGGCAAUAUGAGUCCCACAUUGCAUUUACCCUCCCUGGGCUCUACCGUGUUGUCCAUGGCAUUGAUGUUUUUGAUCCCAAGUUCAACAUCGUCUCUCCAGGAGCAGACAUGAGUGUUUACUACCCAUACACUGAAACUGACAAGAGACUCACUGCCUUCCACCCUGAGAUUGAGGAGCUCAUUUACAGCGAUGUUGAGAACUCUGAGCACAAGUUUGUCUUGAAGGACAAGAACAAGCCGAUCAUUUUCUCAAUGGCUCGUCUUGACCGUGUGAAGAACAUGACAGGCUUGGUUGAGAUGUAUGGUAAGAAUGCACGCCUGAGGGAAUUGGCAAACCUUGUGAUUGUUGCUGGUGACCAUGGCAAGGAGUCUAAGGACAGGGAGGAGCAGGCAGAGUUCAAGAGGAUGUACAGUCUCAUUGAUCAGUACAACUUGAAGGGCCAUAUCCGGUGGAUCUCAGCUCAGAUGAACCGUGUCCGCAAUGCGGAGUUGUACCGCUACAUUUGUGACACGAAGGGAGCAUUUGUUCAGCCUGCAUUCUAUGAAGCGUUUGGCUUGACUGUUAUUGAGUCCAUGACAUGUGGUUUGCCAACAAUUGCUACCUGCCAUGGUGGCCCUGCUGAAAUCAUUGUGGACGGGGUGUCUGGUUUGCACAUUGAUCCUUACCACAGUGACAAGGCUGCAGAUAUCUUGGUCAACUUCUUUGACAAGUGCAAGGCGGAUCCAAGCUACUGGGACAAGAUUUCACAGGGAGGCCUGCAGAGAAUUUACGAGAAGUACACCUGGAAGCUGUACUCUGAGAGGCUGAUGACCCUGACUGGUGUGUACGGAUUCUGGAAGUAUGUGAGCAACCUGGAGAGGCGCGAGACUCGCCGCUACCUUGAAAUGUUCUACGCUCUGAAAUACCGUAGCCUGGCAAGCGCUGUUCCAUUGUCCUUCGAUUAGUGCAUCAAGCGGGAGAACCAUCGGCUGCAUUACAAUUACAAUUGUUUACCGCAAUUCGCAUUGUCAGUAGUGUGUUUGAGUUAUGUGUACUUGAUUUCCAAUCACUUGGUUACAUUUUCGCGAGGUUUUGGGCGGCGCAGGCUGGUUCCUGCUCUAGGAUACUAGCUGCACCUUUUGCUUCAAAUAAACGCCUGCUCGUGUCACCUGUCUCUCAGAAAUCAAUGCAAUGUUUUGUUGCCCA